UAAACAUAUCCGGUGUUUUGAUGUGUGUUAUUUGCCACUUGAUUUAGCUGUCAACGGGAAUGUAAACGCGCGUGAUAAUCAUGGGACGGUUUGAACAUACGUUACAGCGAUGUGUUCAUUACAUUGCAAUAAAGGAAAUUAACACCGUCAUCACUGUUGUCAAUGUUAAAUUAAUAAGAUGAAAAAUGCUGCAGUUUUGGAAGAAAAAUGGUUUGUCAUAACAGGAUGAAGGAUGCCAGUCAUUCCAACGCAAAUUCUCCGUCGAGGACGACCGAUGCACCAAACCCAUCCAUAUACAAUGGAGAUGUAUCAAAUGAUGUUUUGCAUUCUGGGCCUUUGUCAUGUUAUAGCGAAAGUGAACUGACAAUUGGCGAUUUAGGCGAGUCGGACCAGAGAACAAAAGGCAAUAACUCCCAUUCACGCUUAUCUAAAACUCUAGCAGAAGUCUUGGCUGAUAAAGGUGCCCUGGGAUAUUUUAUUCAGUAUUUGGAAGCAAGAGGAUAUGUUGCACUCAUCAAAUUUUGGCUUGAUGCAGAAAGUUUUCGUGCAGCAUCAUCCGCCGAGAUUAGAUGUUCAACUGACACACCUGACGUGCAGGUGACACGGGAAAUGUUGGAGGCCGAGUGUACCAGCAGCAAAGAAUCGCCACACCACGAGGAACGUAAUGUUGUUUCACUACAAACAGCAUAUAGCAGCUUGUCUGUGGAUUGUGUUGAAAAUAGUGAGAGUGCGAACACUGCACCAAAGGGUAGCACUCACUCUUUGAUAGUUAGUAGUACUUUAUCAACUGCUUCACACACUACAUAUUAUGAUGCUCAUUCACAUAUGUUUGGUUGUGCAAGUGGAGCAUCGAACAAAAAUGUACCAUCAGAUUUAAAGGACUGUGGUGAGACCUGUUCAGAUGUCAGUGAUAUUUCGAAUAGUUCUGAAAAUAAAACAAAUUGUGUUACCCCAGACAUUGAUGCUGGCAGUAGGAUAAAUACUUACCAGCUACAGACUAUUGGUGAUGGCUACGAAAGCAAAAAAGAAUCAAGUAGUGGAACAGUGGCAAGAUGGGCAAGUGGAGCUGUCAGUCCAAUUCAUCAAGCAGCAUCACCAACACGUGCUGUAAAACUCAUUGAAGCAACUUUGCAUGAUGCAGUUAGAAUAUUUAGGAAGUAUUUUACUCACAAUGCCCGUUACCGUAUUCGAAUUCCAGAGGAAAUAAGGAAUAGAAUGAUUUCUGCAAUUUGUAGAGAAGGUGGAAUGGUAGGAAUUGAUUGUUUUAAUGAAUGCCAAGACCUCGUCUUUCACAUAAUGGAAAGAGACUUCUUCAAUGAUUUUUUGCGAAGCGAUUAUCAUUGCAAGCAUCAGAUAGAUGUUCUGACAAGUGGAAAUGUUUUACUUACUGAUAUUCUAUACAAUGAUAAUGCGCUGUUUUAUUUCACUGAGUUUAUGGAACAAGAAGGACAUCGGAGUUUGGUGGAAUUUUGGCUUGCAGCAGUGAACUUCCGUCAGCAUCUCUUGGAGAAGAAGGGUGUUUAUGAUCCUGUUGAGGCUCAGAAUGAUGCUAUUAUUUUGUAUGACAAGUAUUUUUCAUUACAAGCCACUUGUCCUUUGGGAUUUAGUGACAAAAUAAGGUUUGAAAUAGAGCAGAAUAUUUGCCGAGAGGAUGGCCCAUUACCUGACUGUUUUGAAAAACCUGUGAGAAUUGUUCUCCAUGUCCUUGAAAAGAAUUAUCUUCAACCAUUUCAGUCAUCACAGCUGUUCUUUAACUACCUCUCAGAACUUAUAAGCACUAUCCAGUCUGGUUCGUCACUUCUGUUGCGGAGUCGGAAAUGUGGUUCAGAGUGCAGUAGUGAGUUGAGUCUGUCAGCCCAAAACACUUUGCUUGCCACAGAGGAUAGUUCAUCAACUCCACGCAGAAUUGUCUGCAAACUGGAUGACAGACAAAUGAGCAUUGACUCUAGACAACUGUAUGAUCCAGAUUCUCUGUGGCGCAGAAAAAGACACAGGGACCUUUCUUUUGGGCGAAUCACAGUUUUGGGUCGAUAUGAAAGUGAUGUUGAACCAGAACCAGAUAGAAAAGAAGAAUCUCGCCUGACUCGUGUUGUUAAAAAACUAGUCAACAUGGAAGAAGAUAAGGCAAAAGAGGAACUUGCUUGGCAAAUUGCUGAAAUGAUUGUGAAAGAUGUAACUAAUCUCACAAUGGGUUCUGAAGAUGAGGAAUAGUGUUGACGAAUAAAAACAGGCUAAAACUGAAUGCGACUGUGGAAUUUUAUUACCUGGCAACUACUUACUAUUUUCAGUUCAAGAAUUAAAGAUGUUUAAUGUUAGCACUUAUAACACAUUAGUUACAUCAAAUAUUAAAGUAUGUAAAAAAACUGAUUUUGGAGCAAUAUGGAUUAUACAGGUACUAACGAUGUCGAGGCAAAUAUAUCUAUAUUUAUACUUUUACUACAAGUAAAUGAUCUGUGAUUUAUGUACAUUUUUGAAAAUUGUGAUAAUUAUGUAAGGUGUGGUUUUUUUUAUAUUGUGAGAGAUGGAUGAUGGUUAACUAAAUGUAAAAUCUAUUAUCUCCCAUUGUGAGCUGUGGAAGUAAGUACUGAAUUAACACUCAAAAUCUCAUGCUUGUCUCUCUGGAUGUGCAAUGUUGUUACUUUUGUAAAGACCUGUAUGCUUUAGUACAAAAUUCAUAAUAGGAUUUUAAGGUAGUUUUCUUUUUCUUGUCUGUGAAAUGUAAUACUCUGUGUCGCUGAUUCAGUUUGAUACUCUUUCCUACACUUCCAUUAAUGAAGACUGUUAAGUCAUCUUAUAGCUCCUGGUGUAAAUCUCUGUUUUUACAGUGUUUUGAAAACUGGAACACAAAUUAAAAAUGGAAAUAUCGGUGGGAAUAGUAGUCAGCCAUUACCAACAUGCAGUAAUCAAAAUCAUAUAAUAAACUACAAAUGCAGUAGUUGUUAGAGAUGUGUUGAGUCUUAGUUCUAGCGAAUUCUCAGGUAGAUGAUUUUUUUAUUUAGUUCUGUCACAUCUGAUAUUUCCAUUUUUGUUUCUGAAAGCAGAAAUGCUAACACAUUCUUCUCCUUUUAAUCCAUGUAAAUAGCAGUACUCUCAAAUGUGCUAACUGGGUUUUACUGUUGGCAGCAAUCAGCAAGGAGCUAUAAGUUCAGGCUUAAAUAUUGUUAUUAAUGUAAGAUUAAGAUUAAUUGGUACCAAAGCAAGUAUUGUUAUUAAAUUGUUCUAUAGUAUGUUAAUAACUGAAUUUGGGAACACAUGUCCGUAAAGUACUGUUCCUAUAAAAUAUUACCAUGACAAAAUAAAACAAAUUAAUAUUGGCAAUUAAAAAUCAAAGUGCAAAUGAUGUUAAAAUAUUUUGAUCAAAAUCUCUGUUUUUAUAACAGGAUAUCUUCAUGUAUUUGUUACAACAAUACAGCUGUCGUGUUUCUUGCA